AUGGCGAACGCAGUCACCUUGCCUGUUGGCAAUUUUGACGUGGAUGGCAGCGGUAUCGCAAGAUACUCUUUCCCCGUCAAUACGCCCAAGGGUAUCACACCUGGCAGCACUCCCCAGAUCUCACUCGAGUAUUGUCAAGGUGCUCCGAAUGGUAUCCUAGGUACAGGUUGGUCUCUUGGGGGAUUGUCGACAAUUCGCCGCCAAGCCGCCCGCCUGGCCUUGAACAGUCUCAAUGCGCAACAAGACUAUGAUCGUACGGUACCCCGGCUGGCUCUGGACGGCACUGAACUGUUGUUGAUUCAAGGGGAUAACUACAAUUCUUCCAAUGCCGUCUAUAAAACAGAAAUCGACAGCCACGGGGAGACGGUUUAUACGACAUCAUCUGGUUACACUGCUCGAGACACUCUCGGCGCGCGUCGAGAAUAUGAAGCGAUUCUCUCCUCAGAACCCACUGGCCAGGCUUCUGAAUGGCGCAUACGGAGGCAAAUUGAUCGAUAUGGAAAUUUCGUUCAAUUCAAUUAUGAUAGUCUCGCGGGUGACAAUUCCUCCUAUCUUACCAGCAUCGUCUACACAUCCAAUGAAAAGACUGGUCUGGCUGGUACCCGAUUGAUUCUAUUGGAAUAUACUCCAAGGGAUGAUCUCGUCGUGCACACAUCUUAUGGAGACAAAAUUACCUCCGCCCAUCGCUUAGCACGUAUUCACGUUGCGGUCGGGACCCUGGAGAAAUUUGUGGCAACACGUGUCUAUGAAAUGGAAUACACCUGCUCGCCGAGCUCUGGAUCUUCUUUGUUGCGAUCAGUCACCGAAGUCGCAGGCUCAGGAACGCGCUUGAUUCCAACAAUUUUCAAAUAUACUGCCGCUUCUGAGCAGCAAGAGAGCUUCUCCGGCCUGGACGAGGAAUCCCAAACCUUGACCCAAACCUCUGACAAUGUCGCACUUCUUACUUUGAACGUUAGUGGGCGAUCUCUCGGGGACCUGGGAUGUGUUCGAUACGACUCCAGAGCGGGGAACUUUAGCAUCAAGACAUACCUGGCGCAGCCUCGCAGAGGAUCGCAGAAAGAUCAUCCUCCUGCCAUCGAGUGGUCUCCAUCGCAGGGACCUGGUGCGGAAGCUGCUCUGCCGUCCACCGCCAUGGGCAAAUCCACGCCAAAUUUCUUGUCCGGCGAUUUGAACGGAGACGGACUCACUGAUAUGAUUAUCCCUUUUGAAGACACGAAUGGCAAUCUUUGCUUCUCCAUAUCUCGCUCGACAGGUAGUGGCUACGAGGACUACAUACUGAAGCCAACGGGCUGCAGCUGGACUCCUGACUCUCGUUUUCUAUCGCUAGAUCUGACCGGUAAUGGCUGCACGGAUAUUCUGCAAAUCUAUCCGUAUGCUGGAAAGCUGCAUUUCCGGCUGUUCUCUGCGAUUAAUGAAAGGGGGACAGACAACUCUCGCAAACCCUAUCGAGACAAGCACUACAUUUGA